UUCUCUAUCCCCUUAUAUUGCUUUUGUUUCGGCCAAGUAAGUCGCGUAAUUCGUCACCGUGACAUUGCUGUUAAGAUAAAAAAUCUGAAUGAAAGCUUGGUUGUGAUUGCCAAGCAAAGACAAACAUAUAAUUUUCAAUACUUGGAAAGAAACAUUGAACUGCCAGAACGAGAAAAACUUCAUCUUUUGUUGAUACAUCUGCAGUAUUUGGUAGAGAAAAACAAAAGGGUGUUUUGGUUAGCAAGUUGUUUAGCCAGAGUAGUGAAGAAGGAAACGGCCUCCUUGUCAUCCCCAUUGUGGGGAUGGGAGGAAUGGGAAAGACAACUCUAUCUCAACUGGCCUAUAAUGAUGAAAAUGUUAAAUCCUAUUUUGAGAAGAGAAUAUGGGUUUGUGUCUCGGAACCUUUUGAUGAGAUUAAAAUUGCCAAAGCCAUCAUUAAUGGUGCCAAAGGCACCACCCCUGAAUCAGAUGAGUUAGAAGAUUUCUUGCAAUGUAUGUCUGAAUCCAUCGCGGCAAAAAAGUUGCUCUUAGUCCUAGAUGAUGUGUGGACACAAGACCAAAGAAAGUGGGAGAAAUUAGAGACACCAUUAAUUCAAAGUUGUGCCAAAGGCAGUAGAAUAUUGGUGACCACACGAAAGCAGGAGAUUGCUAUUAUGAUGGGAGCUACCACUCAUAUGAUUCAUAUGGAGGAGUUGAGUGAACAGGAUUGUUUGUCAAUAUUCAAACACACUGCAUUUUCUGGUAGGGAAAAAUUUGAGUCUAAUGAGCUUGAAUCUAUUGGUAAAGAAAUUGCAAAAAAAUGUAAGGGCUUGCCUCUUGCGGCAAAGACUAUGGGUAGUCUGAUGCGCUAUAAGGAAACCAGGAGGGAAUGGCAAGAUGUUUUGGAUAGUAAGAUAUGGGAUCUACAAGAGGUUGAGCAACAAGUUUUCCAACCACUGUUACUUAGUUAUUAUGAUUUGGCACCUGCGAUCAGACGUUGUCUUUUAUAUUGUGCUAUUUUUCCAAAAGAUUAUGAAUUCAACAAGGAUCGUUUGGUUGAGCUGUGGAUGUCACAAGAUUUUCUGAAUUUGAAAGGAAACCAAGAAAAGAAAGUAAUAGGCCAAAGAUUUUUUGGUAACUUGGUAAUGCGAUCUUUCUUCCAAGAUCUAGUAAAAGAUGAGGAUGGCAAUAUUAUAGGAUGCAAAAUGCAUGAUAUCGUGCAUGACUUUGUUCAGUUUCUCACCAAGAGUGAUUGUGUUUGUAUGGAGGCUACCGGUACUAACAUUGAGACAGAGCUCUUGCGUGCUAAUUACACAAUAGGGCUAGGGGACAACAAGAUUCGCCAUUUAACCUUAAUGUUUGCACCGAAGGGCCCAUUUCCGUUAUCUGUUUCAUCUUGCAAUUUCAAAAAUCUGCGUAGCCUUACAGCUUUGGAUUCAAAAAUCACUACCAUACACUCAAAUUUACUUUUAGAAUUGAAAUGUCUUAGGACAUUAAAUUUGAGUCAUAAUCUUAUCAAAGAAGUGCCAGAAGAGAUUGUCGAGUUGGUACAUUUGAGGUAUAUUGAUUUCUCUUUCAAUCCUUUUCUGAGGAAGUUACCGAACGCAGUGUGUGAUUUAUACAAUUUGCAAACCUUGCGCUUUGUUGGGUGCUAUGGACUUCAAAAUCUACCGCAAAGUAUGGGGAAGUUGAUUAACUUAAGCCAUCUUUAUGUUUCCGGUUGUGAUAAGCUGAAGUACUUGCCAAAAGGGAUUAUGGGAUUACAAAGUCUGAGAACACUAGAUGAGUUUCGUGUUUGCGGCAGUGACAACGAUGAAGCAUUGAAACUAGGAGACCUGGGAACCUUGGACCAGCUUCAAGGUGUUCUUAGGAUAAGAAUUCCGGGGAAUGGCGAAGAUGGUGAGGCUGAGAAAGCACAAUUGUGGAACAAAAAGCAAAUUUCUCACUUGAAACUAAUUUUUGAGAAUUUUCAAAACGAGGAGAGAAAAAGCAGCAGUGUAGAAAUAGUACUGAAUGUCUUGCGACCGCAGCAAGAUUUGGAAUAUUUAGAUAUACGUUGCUAUCAUGGCAUAAGUGGUCCCAAUUGGAUGAUGUCUUUACACAAUUUGAGAAUCCUUAUUCUUCAUGGAUGGAAUGAAAGUCAGUUUUUGCCUCCUCUUGGUAAAUUGCCAUCCCUUGAAAGACUGAUGAUAUCGGAUAUGAGAAAGGUGAAAAAGGUUGGAGAUGAGUUUUUGGGAAUAGAAAACCAAACAUCAAUAAAAUCAUCCUCAUCAGCAUGUAUUUUAUUCCCAAAAUUGAAACAACUCAGACUUGUAAGCAUGUCGGGUCUGCAAGAGUGGGAAGGAGGGGUGAAGGAAGAGGAUUCUGAUAAGAUUACAAUAAUGCCAUGCCUUUCUUCCUUAAAUAUUACGCUUUGCAGUGGCCUAAAAACACUGCCAGGCUUCCUGCUAAAAUCACCACUGCAGAAUCUUUUCUUCCGUCAUUGUCGGAAUCUUGCACGAAGUUACCGACAAGGCACAGGAAAGGAGUGGCCCAAGAUUUCUCACAUCCCAAACAUCACAAUUGAUGAAACUGAUCCUGAUUUUGAUGAUGAGGAGGGUCAUGAGAUUGUACAAGAAAAGGAUGUUCUGUAGUUGAAGUCACUCACAGCUGUUUUAACCGUAACAAGAGUGAGCUGUCAAAAGAAACAGGUUUCGAACGUAUCAAUCAUGACCGAGAAUCAAUAAUGAAAGAAUGCAGAAAGGGGGUGUAAACAAAGGGCACUUACUUGUUCUUUCAUCUGGACUGGUUCAAUUCCGGCUUCCGAUGCCAAAUUUGGCAGACCUGGGAUGGUGUUCUUGAAUUCCUGACAAACUCAUGAGAAAGCAAUGUAUGAUUAGAUAAAGCAAUGGACGCAGAGGUAAAUACUGGAGAUCCAAACUCUGCCUCAUUUCUUGCAUGGCAUGAUGGCACUCAGAAGAAUUUUGAAACUGGUGCAUAAUUAAGUGCAGACGCUGAGAUGAGCAAAGGGGGUCUGACCCCCAGUUUUCAGAAAAUUUGAUUUUCUGGGUUUUUGAACACGGAUCACCACCUCACCUCUGGAGCUUGAAGUAAUCAGAGGGCUUAAGCGGUAGGCAUCUGAACCUGCACCAACUCCAACAAGCCUCUUUGCUCCUCAUAGGAAAAAUCGUAAAUAAGGUUGAAUACUAAAUAAGGAAGACUUUUGCAGAAUUAAUGGGAACGCAUGCAGCAUGAUGAAUGUGGUUUGCAUUUGUAAAUGCAGAAAAGCGUGGAAAAAACAAGGCGAAAAACCAGUUGAAGAAAUCAGAAUAAGCACCUUCAGAAAAGAAAAUCAUGUUUCAUUUAUGCUAAGCAAUGUUUUAUUAUUCGUUUUACUUAGUCUCUUUUUGUUUACUCUUUCAGAGUUUUGGUUUCUUGGGUCCGCAUAUUAUUGUGCCUUUCUGUCAUUGUCUUUCUUUUCUGCGGGGUUUGGUUUGGUCCUCCCUUGAUGUUCUUGUUUUCUUUAUGUUUCUUCUCUAUUAAUAAAAUUAUGAUCAAUUGGAUGGGCGAGGGGGCUCCCGCAA